AUUACCUGUAGCUCUUGUUCUGCCAUCUCGGGCGCUCUCACACACCUUCACCUGCACAGACUUGAAAGUCCAGUUUCACCAGAGGCUGAGGCUCCAGGAAAAGGGGAGCGAGUUCAUUGGAUCAAACAUGUCACAAGAGUCGGACAAUAAUAAAAGACUAGUGGCCUUAGUGCCCAUGCCCAGUGACCCUCCGUUCAACACCCGAAGAGCCUACACGAGUGAGGAUGAGGCUUGGAAGUCGUAUCUGGAGAACCCCCUGACCGCGGCCACCAAGGCGAUGAUGAGCAUCAAUGGGGACGAGGACAGCGCCGCCGCCCUGGGCCUUCUCUACGACUACUACAAGGUUCCUCGAGACAAGAGACUUCUGUCUGUGAGCAAAGCUAGUGACAGCCAAGAAGACCAGGAUAAAAGAAACUGCCUUGGCACCAGUGAAGCCCAGAUCAAUUUGAGCGGAGGCGAGAACCGAGUGCAGGUUCUGAAGACUGUCCCAGUGAACCUCUGCCUGAGUCAAGACCACAUGGAGAAUUCCAAGCGUGAGCAGUACAGCGUGUCCAUCACCGAGAGCCCGGCCGUCAUCCCGGUGUCAGGCAUCACGGUGGUGAAAGCCGAGGAUUUCACGCCUGUGUUCAUGGCGCCCCCGGUGCACUAUCCCCGCGCGGACGGCGAGGAGCAGCGCGUGGUUAUCUUUGAACAGACUCAGUACGACCUGCCCAUAGCCAGCCACAGCUCCUAUCUCAAGGACGACCAGCGCAGCACACCUGACAGCACCUACAGCGAGGGCUUCAAGGACAGCGCCUCGGAGAAAUUUCGGAGUACUUCUGUUGGUGCUGACGAGUAUACAUACGACCAGACGGGGAGUGGUACAUUUCAGUACACCCUGGAAGCCACCAAAUCUCUCCGUCAGAAGCAGGGGGAGGGCCCCAUGACCUACCUCAACAAAGGACAAUUCUAUGCUAUAACACUCAGUGAGACUGGAGACAACAAAUGCUUCCGACACCCCAUCAGCAAAGUCAGGAGUGUGGUGAUGGUGGUCUUUAGUGAAGACAAAAACCGAGAUGAACAGCUGAAAUACUGGAAGUACUGGCACUCCCGGCAGCACACUGCCAAGCAGAGGGUCCUCGACAUUGCUGACUACAAGGAGAGCUUCAACACCAUCGGGAACAUUGAAGAGAUUGCAUACAAUGCUGUUUCCUUCACCUGGGAUGUGAACGAGGAGGCCAAGAUUUUCAUCACCGUGAAUUGCUUGAGUACAGAUUUCUCCUCCCAGAAGGGUGUGAAAGGACUUCCCCUGAUGAUUCAGAUCGACACGUACAGCUAUAACAACCGCAGCAAUAAACCCAUCCACAGAGCGUACUGCCAGAUCAAGGUCUUCUGCGACAAGGGAGCAGAAAGGAAAAUCCGAGAUGAAGAGAGAAAGCAGAACAGGAAGAAAGGGAAGGGCCAGGCCUCCCAAACCCAGUGCAACAACUCCUCUGAUGGGAAGAUGGCCGCCAUACCGUUACAGAAGAAGAGUGACAUCACUUACUUCAAAACCAUGCCCGACCUGCACUCACAGCCGGUGCUCUUCAUACCAGAUGUUCACUUUGCCAACCUGCAGAGGACCGGACAGGUCUAUUACAACACAGACGAUGAGCGAGAAGGCAGCAGUGUCCUCGUUAAACGGAUGUUCAGGCCCAUGGAAGAGGAGUUUGGUCCAACACCGUCUAAGCAGAUUAAAGAAGAAAACGUAAAACGAGUGCUUUUGUAUGUGAGGAAGGAGAACGAUGAUGUCUUCGAUGCUUUGAUGCUGAAAUCACCCACGGUGAAGGGCCUGAUGGAAGCGCUGUCUGAGAAGUACGGGCUGCCGGUGGAGAAGAUCACAAAGCUUUAUAAGAAGAGCAAAAAGGGCAUCCUGGUCAACAUGGAUGACAACAUCAUUGAGCACUAUUCAAAUGAGGACACCUUCAUUCUCAACAUGGAGAGCAUGGUGGAAGGCUUCAAGAUCACACUGAUGGAGAUCUGAGCCUGGGAGUUCCCGCGACAGGAGCUUUAGGUGUACUCCUUCCUGGGAGAGAUGGCAUCUCUGCUGCCCCAGAACCUGGAGACCCAUCUCACCCACCUCACAAGACUGUUACAAGACUGCUGGGAAGGGGGCUGGGCCCAAGGCCCGGUAACAGACUUCCUUCGACUCUUCCACUUCUUCCCUAUGGAGCGGAAGCCUGAGCCCCCCAGCAAAUUUCUUUGAGCCUGGUAGGCCCUUAUUUAUUGCCCAUUUUCCCCCCAAGAGCCCUCCAGGACUCUGAAAGUUACUGACAGCCCUAUGUGAGACCUCCAGAGUUCCCCUUCAAGGGAAACAGCAAGUCCACUCAUCUCGAGCCUGAGGAACCGAUGUGUCCUUUUUCUUACCUCUCCACAUUUCUUGAGUGGAUGGACCAGACGUGCUGCUUCUUGGUGCAGUCUUCAUGGAUAGGGUAAGAAGGACGCGUUUACCGGCCCCAAACCUUCAGAUUGCUCUGAGGAAGGUCAUUUUGCUAAAUACCUCCAGGGGACUCUCAGCAAAUAGCCACUGGGCCUUGUACAGAAGACGUGCUACCAUGUCAGUAAUAAGGAACACAAGAGUAUGCCUGAUGACCAUGUACAUACUUUGUACAUAAUAUUGCAAUAAUAUAUUUUACCUAUGGUUUGUGGGCAUGUUUACUGCCAUUGGCCUGGAGGAGACAUACCUGGAGAUUCAGAGCAUUCUGUUCUAUCCAAGAGGAGGUUAGGAAAGUGGCCUUUGGGAUGUCAUGUGAUGGUGAUGGGGAUGAAUGCCAGGAUGGACUCUGCAUUGGGAGGACGUGUCUCCUCAGAGCCCUCUCUCCUCAAACACCACUCUCCCUUGAGGCCAUCACGUGUUACCUCACAGUGAUGAGUUGUCUCGGCCCGUCCUUUGAGCUGGCUGGGAAAGGCUAUACUGUCGGUGCCCUCUCUAGCUUUGGUAUGGGGCAUCUCUUGAGCCUCAUGCAAAGUCUCUGCACAAGGAUUCACACUGGGGCCCUGUCACUGGGACCAGCUGCAGAACUGCUUGACUGACGUGGGGAUCCUGGACACUGUAGGGCCUCAUAGUUUACAAGCAAGUCCUUCAUCUCAAGUGGCCCCUUUAAAAACCUAACUGCAGCUUUGUGAGUUGAGCCAGGGGCUCUGCUAGGCCGUGAGCAGCAGACAAUGCUUCACCCUGCUUCUGACGGGAAGAAGUGAGGCUAUCCACCCUGGCUGUGGAGAACAAGGGAGCCCUUGCACUUCUGAAACCAACUCUGGGAGGUGCGUUGGAGAGCCAAGGCCGUUUCGUCUUUUCCUUGCCCUUGGAAGAUCAAAAGAAAAUGACUUAUCUGAACAGUCACAAAAGCAUGCCCCAUUGUGGGCCUCUGUUCUCUUUGAGAGAACAGGUCAGUAGUUCUGUUAGGGUUAAGGACUGGUAUGUGCCCCUGUCGCUGAGCACUAGUUUGGAUAGCUAGGCACAUCCCACCCCAAGGCCUGGAUAAUGGAACAGCUUCUAUGGAAAAGUCUAAAAUUUGUCUGUGAAGCACUUUGAUGUCUUACCCGGAGGCUCUGCUCGCUGGCCCCUGCCUUCUUGCUCUACCUGCCCUCAAGGCCCAGAGCAGCUGGGGCUGACUCCAGCCCAGCUAUUGCUCUUCAGAGCUGCAGAGAAACUGAAUGGGAUGGAAAGUAGGUGCCUGGAACCAAGAGGAUCCCAAAGGAUAGUAGGGGCACCUGAGAGCCUACUGGACUCCUUAUUCUUCUUUGUGUUGCCAAAGGUUUGCAUCCUGGGCUCUGCUCUGUUCCAGCCCUGCACUCCAAAUGCCACACCUUGAAAUUAGCAACCUGGGGAUCCUCCAGGGUACUAGCAGGUCUCUGAUCUAAGACAGACAAACUCAAUGUUAGAGAUACAUGCUCUACGCGCUUCCUGUGCUAUAGCACUUGGGGCUAGCUGCAAACAUGAUUGGCAAACCUUAGAGGUGGGCUCAGGAUUCCAGAUCAGGGAGACAAAGCUGUAGCAACCAAACAGGCUACCAGCUCGUCUCUCUAGUCUUUCUGGAAAAUUGCUGGUCUGCUCUGGGAAGACAAGCCAGAGCCAGCUUUCCCUUUGUCCUGAGUCCCUACAAUCCAUGAGAUAGCCAUUGCCAGAACAAGGGAUAGGAAGUCACAAAGGAGCAGUAUAGUGUCAGGUCCAGGAGUGUCCAUUGGUGGAUUUCCAUGCAUCUCAUUGCUGGCUGUGUUGGCUGUGUGUGUUCUGUGAGCAUCACACCCUGAACAAAGACACUCCAGGACGAUAGGAAAGUUUGCCUUGUCGUGAAUUAAUCUCAUCCAAACAAAGAACUUUUUUUUAUGUUUUAGUAAUCCAUAAAAGAUGGGGGACACAUGAAGCAGGUAUUUUGUCCUGUGUCCCCACAUCAUUGAAACUUCCUCAGUGUUUAGAAGUUGGAACCAAUAGAAAAAGACACAGUGGGCUGUCGUCUUGAAGUUGGUUCCUAAAAGACUAAGGCACGUCCCAAUGCAGAAACCUGGGAAGUUUGAAAUGAGUUAAACAUUUAUUUUCCCUCAUAUUUUAACAGUCAUGAAAAUGCAACAGGAAAAGAGGGUUUGUGCCAAAUUCUAAGAAUGGCCCUUUCUGAAAGACAAGCAGGGGAGACUCAUGUGUACAAUCUGCUCCCACAUGAAAAAAAGAGUAAAUGUAACUUAAUAGUUUUGUAAAUGGGAGAGGGGAAUCUAUAAACUAUAAAUAUGUUAUUUUAUUUUUUGUACAUUUUUAAGAAGAAAAAAUAAAUAUUCACAACAUGA